UAUGAGGUCAUUUCAUCAAAUUUCCUCUUUCCUAGCUGUGUGACUUUUGAGCAAGGAAAGAGAAGGGAAGGAGAACGCUAUGGCGGGAGCAGCGGUACCGCAACCUUGGACGCCGAGAUUUGCGGUUCCAUGCGGCCACCUUAUAACCGCUCACAUCGCAAUCCGCCUCAACAGCGUUUUUCACAAGCGGUUCGACACUCGUCGUCAUCGUCUUCAGCUUGGCUCGCUCCUCCAAUCUACCAUCAAGGAUGUAUGGCAUGAGACCACCCUUAAAUUCAAAAGGAUUAAAUUUCUUCCAUGGUCAGAAGAUGCCGUUUCAGUUGCAGGUUCAUCAGGCUCGUCUUACAUUUGGGCAACAGAUAACGAUCAAAACAAAAAUAAUGCGGGUGACUUUGGACCAUUGAAUUCCCGCACAUCAAGAAAAGCUUCUUUUAAUGGCAGAAAAUGGACAAAUGUUUUCCUCGCAAUUAAUGUCUUAGUCUUUAUAGCGCAAUUUGCUACAAAAGGGAAGCUACUGCUCUGGGGUGCUAAGAUCAAUAGUCUCAUUGACCAAGGACAACUUUGGAGGCUAGUGACAUCUUCCUUUCUGCAUGCAAAUAUUGGCCAUCUCAUGGUCUCUGUGAAUCAUGUAAAUUGUUAUUCUUUGAAUUCCAUUGGUCCAACUCUGGAAAACAUUUGCGGGCCUAGAAGAUUCGUUUCAGUUUAUAUCGCCUCUGCCAUUGCAAGUUCACUGAUGAGUUAUAGGUUUUGUAAAGCACCUGCCAUUGGUGCAUCUGGAGCAGUUUUUGGUCUGGUUGGUUCAUUUGCCAUAUUUAUACUCAGGCACCGAGACAUGGUUAAAGGAGGUGGCAAGGAAGAUUUGUUGCAUAUCUCAAAUGUGAUCAUCAUUAACAUGGCAAUUGGCAUUUUAUCUAAGGGCAUCGACAACUGGGGACAUUUAGGUGGUUUACUCGGAGGAUUUGCUGUCUCAUGGCUUGUUGGUCCAGCAUGGAGGUAUGAAUCGACUGGAGGGAGACGAGUCUUUGCUGAUAGAGCACCUAUUUUCUUCCUAACCGACAGAAGAAAAAAGACACUUUAAUUACUGUCAUAAAAUUUGGUGUGUAUAGCCUUUGAAAUUCACCUUAAUGCCAAUUAGUUUGUUCUUUGAAUAAUCAACUAAAUAAUGUAAUUGCUUUUCCAAUAUUAGUUCAAGAGAGUUUUUUCUA